GAGUCUUUCGUGAGGGACCAAUCACUUUCGCUUGUAAAGCAGCCGAAUCGUUUGCUGUAUUCAUCAGAAAUGCGGGUGUGAGCAGACACGUUAUCAUUUAUUGAAAUCAGUGGUUCGCUAGUUGGAGAAAAACUGAAAAUUAUCUAUAUUUCCUGGCAAACCCUCUGUACUUAUUAUUCAGUGACGUCACCAAUAGCUAUGUCCUGUUUAGCUUCAUCCAGAGGAUCGUACUGCUGUGAUCUGUAGCAAUGUCCGUUUCUCCGGUGUUUACCUAAGAUUGUGUGUGUAAAACUAUCGUACAAGUUUAGUAGUUGCUCAGAAAAAUUUUAAUUAAUGGUGUAGUAUUUUUAAAAUAUUAAGAACACGAUGCCGUUAUUUGGGAAAAAAGAUGCUCAACGAAAAAAGGAAACUGCUUCUGUCGAAGAUAAAUAUGAAUUUAAAGACCUACUUGGGACUGGAGCAUUUUCUCAAGUGGUGCUGGCGGAAAGUAAAGAGGAAAGCUCAAAGAUGUAUGCCAUUAAAUGUAUCGACAAAAAGGCACUUAAAGGAAAAGAAGAUUCUUUAGAAAAUGAAAUAAAAGUAUUGAGGAGGCUGAAGCAUCCAAACAUUGUGCAGCUUGUUGAAACAUUUGAAGACAAAAAUAAAGUGUAUCUUGUCAUGGAGUUGGUAACAGGGGGUGAAUUAUUUGAUAGAAUUGUUGAGAAAGGAAGUUACACUGAAAAAGAUGCUAGUCAUCUAAUUCGGCAAAUUUUAGAAGCUGUAGAUUAUAUGCAUUCUCAAGGUGUUGUUCAUAGAGAUUUGAAGCCAGAAAACUUAUUAUACUAUAGUCCAGAUGAAGACUCCAAGAUCAUGAUUAGUGAUUUCGGUCUCUCCAAAAUGGAAGAUUCAGGAAUAAUGGCAACUGCUUGUGGGACCCCAGGAUAUGUAGCUCCUGAAGUUUUAGCUCAGAAACCUUAUGGCAAAGCUGUAGACGUAUGGUCUAUUGGAGUCAUUGCAUAUAUUUUGUAUGUAUGAAGUUUUAAAAUUAAUACUUUUUUUAAACUGUUAAAUUUAAUUUCACAGGUGUAUGUAUCACAUGGUGUAUCAUGGUGUACAACUUAAUCAUAAUAAAAACUUAAAGCUGGCACUGCGCCAAGCAUCGCAAGCGCAUGAAGUAGUUGUAAACCAGAACUAAGACUGGAAUGCAAGUAAUUGUAAGAUAUAUGUGUAUUCGAGUGAUGAGGUCUUUUGUACAUAAUAAAGUAACAUGUAGUUUAACAGAGUGUCUUGUGAAAUAAUUACCUACUAAGGAUGUACAACAUCUGGCGAUGAUGGAUGUUGGAUUUUUGGAAAUAAGAAAAGUGCCUUCGCGACAUGUUUCAAUGCUAUUGGAAUAACUCGAGGAUUAGAGAAUUCCCCAAAGACUGCUCAACGUGAAACUUUUAUAAUCAUUUUUCUUUCGGAGGAUUCAGCAUAGAGCAGCUUAUAACUGAGUUAUUAGAGCAGAAUAGAGC